UUGAAUUUCAUUCUCCACAGAAGUUUUGAAUCUCAUUGGUUGAGCAAACCAUUCAGUUUACUUUCGGUUCACAUGUGAACAUUCCCCCUCCUCUCACAAGAAUAGUAAGCGCUUCCUCUUAUGUUUCAGUUUCUGGUACCUAAAUUCACCGCCUCUGCCUGAACCCAUCCUUCCCUCUUUCUUUCUCUCUCUGUCUCUCCAACUCCUUGAGCUUUCGGCCUUCUUCUAAAGUAGUCAACGGAGAUGUCGGAGAAAUUCUCGGCCACGCUUCGGAUCGGAGAUCUUAGCGAUUUCAUCGCACCGUCCCAGGCAUGCAUAGUGUCUCUUAAGGGCCUUAAGUCCAACGCAUCCAAACCUGAUAAAGCUGAGUCUUUGGUGAAGGUUUCAACUUCUAACAAGCAAUUACAAGCAGACCCAGUCAAAAUUUCACUUAAGGACUGCUUAGCAUGCAGUGGGUGUGUAACAUCAGCCGAGACAGUUAUGCUGGAGAAACAAAGUUUGGAUGAGUUUCUUUCUAAUGUUAAAAAAGGGAAGGCUAUCAUUAUUUCAGUUUCUCCUCAGUCAAGAGCAUCCCUUGCAGUUCAUUUUGGCAUCACUCCUCUACAGGUUUUCAAGAAACUCACAACAUUUUUUAAGUCCUUGGGAGUAAAGGCAGUCUUUGAUACAAGUUGCAGUCGAGACUUAACUCUUAUUGAAUCUUGUAACGAAUUCAUCAUGAGGUACAGACAGAGCCAAUUGAUGGAUGAUGAAAGACAUCAAUCAUCACUACCCAUGAUUUCAUCAGCUUGUCCAGGUUGGAUAUGCUAUGCUGAAAAGCAACUUGGAUCCUAUAUUCUACCUUAUAUUUCUUCAGUGAAGAGCCCCCAGCAGACAAUUGGAUCUAUUGUUAAGCAUCAUGUAUGCCAAGAAUUGGGUCUUAGGCCAGACAAUGUUUACCAUGUAACUGUAAUGCCCUGUUAUGAUAAGAAGCUUGAGGCUGCCAGGGAGGACUUUGUAUUUCAAGCAGAAUCUCAAGGUGAAAGCCAUGAAAAUGGUCCUAGGUCUACGGAGGUAGACUCUGUAUUAACCUCAGGAGAAGUUUUAGAAUUGAUACAGUUACAGGCAGUGGAUUUUAAAGCUUUAGAAGAAUCUCCACUAGAUAGAAUGCUGACUAAUGUUAAUGAAGAAGGGCAUCUUUAUGGGGUUCAAGGAAGCUCUGGAGGUUAUGCAGAAACAAUCUUUCGAUAUGCUGCUAAAACACUCUUUGGUAGAGAAAUCGAGGGUCCUCUGGACUUCAGAAUUAUUAGAAAUUCAGAUUUCCAAGAAGUGACACUGGAAGUCAAGGGGAAAACUGUUCUGAAAUUUGCAUUGUGCUAUGGCUUCCGGAACCUGCAAAACGUUGUCAGGAGAAUUAAAAGUGGAAAAUGUGAUUACCAUUUCCUGGAGAUAAUGGCAUGUCCUGCAGGCUGCCUGAAUGGUGGAGGUCAAAUCAAGCCAAAGCCUGGCCAAUCUCCAAAGGAAUUAAUUCAGUUAUUAGAAGCUGCUUAUAUGGAGAAUGUUCGAGUAGCUGAUCCUUUCAAGAACCCCCUUGUGAAAAGCUUAUAUGAUGAGUGGCUCGAGAAACCUGGCUCAGAAAAAGCUAAGAGAUUUGUGCACACAGAAUAUCAUCCGGUGGUAAAAAGCAUUACUUCUCAGUUGCACAAUUGGUGAAAACUUUUGUUGCCCCGACUUCUGAUUCCUGUAUAUUGUCGAAACUUCCCAACUUUGUCUCUCCAUAUGUCGGGUGCCUCAGAUUGUGUGCCCAUCACUUGUUCUGGGGAGUGCAUUCGUGGAGGGAUCCAGUUUUGAUAGAGAACUGAUUUCUUUUUUGCGACAAAUUUUUUACUCAGGUAUAUACUUUGUAUUUGAACGUUGUUAGCUAGAUAAAAAUUAUCAUGUGCCGAUGUAAUACACCAUCUUUUUUUGUUUUUGUGGCUGUAUUUUCCUCAUCUUUCCACUUUUCUGUAUAGAGGUCCAAAUAAAAUCGCCUCCAUUGAUGUAUGUUUACGAAGUUAUUUGUUCAUUUACUCUGGUAUCUGAAUAAGAUUACUUUAACAGGCCAGAUAAUUAUGGUGGCCUGCUUCUGAAA